AUGGUGAGGGUCUACGUGGUUGUGGUGGCGGUGGUGAACCACAACUGCAAACAGUUUGUGUGUGACGUCAGUUGGUGUGUGACGUCAGUUGGUGUGUGGGUGACGUCAGUUGGUGUGUGUGACGUCAGUUUGUGUCUGACGUCAGUUGGUGUGUGUGACGUCAGUUUGUGUGUGACGUCAGUUGGUGUGUGUGACGUCAGUUUGUGUGUGACGUCAGUUGGUGUGUGUGACUUGGUGUGUGUGACGUCAGUUGGUGUGUGUAACUUCAGUUUGUGUGUGACGUCAGUUGGUGUGCGUGACGUCAGUUUGUGCGUGACGUCAGUUGGUGUGUGGGUGACGUCAGUUGGUGUGUGUGACGUCAGUUGGUGUGUGUGA